AUGGCUGAGAAUGAUGCGUUCUUGCAGACCGGCGGCUCUGUGUUGUCAGUCGCCGCGGCUCAAGAUCCCUCUGGACCCAAAAAUAAUGAUAUGGUAACGGCGGGUACAAGAAAUGAGAUGGCAAUGCCGUACUCCUCGAGCUGUUCCAGUCGGGCAGAGCAGCAGUUGCGCGAGAUAAUCGAUGGAAAUCGCGAGCCGAAGUCGACGCCAACGGGCGCAGCUCUCGAUCGUGCUUGGAUACUGUUCAACCAGAUCCCAGACCAACGUGCACACGCCACCGGUGUCUUCCACCUUUUCGCGCAAUCUGGCCGAAAACUGGAUCAAACACGCGCUCUGGGUGCUUUCAGACUUAUCGACGAGGAGAACAGAACAAGUCAUGAUUAUGAGCGCGCGGUCCGAGUGGCUGUGCAAGUGGACAACUACCGCAUUGCUCUUACUAUCAACGACCGAGCCACACGUCGGAACCUGCACCAGGGUUGUAGUGUGUUCCUCUUACUUCAUGCCGUCUCAAAUCAACUUUGGAAUACUGCCAACACGGUAUGGAAUACCUCUUUCAGACGGACCUCGUUUCGAUUUAAUCAAACAUCACCGACUCGUGCUGCUCUUGUGCGGGAAGUAGGCAAUUAUCGCGACCUACCUUUGGCAAUACACCAGUUGGGAUCUAGACUGCGUGAACAGGCGCCGGUCAUCAUGCAACAUUCGGGGACGUUGCAGACACUGUUCAACGAACUCCUGGCCGCUUUGGUCCGGAACGGACAGCUCAUGAGCAUUAUCACGCCACAAGGGCUGCAAAAUUUGUUUGACGUUUCAUACGACCUACGCCGGGCGGUGCCCUCGCUCUACCUCAGCGCUAUCGAUACUAUUAACAAAUCUGCCAUUCGGCCUGACAAAGGUCUCCUAGCUGAUGCGGUGUACACCAAUCUUCGAUCAAGCUUUCCCGAAAUUCCUCCAGGUCCCAGCACGUACGGUUCGCUUCUCUCCAUCCAUACCGAGCAAGGAGCAUCCGCCCAGACGUAUAUUCAUUACCUGAAUGAAUUCGCAACGUUCCAUGGCGUGGCAGACACAAGGAGCUAUCAAAAGGUACUAUCAGCACUUGCUACUCAAGGCGACAUUGACGGCGUGCAAGACGUGUUCCUACGCCUUUGUCAAGCCCAUGGCCGUCCCACAGAACCUGCGUUCUAUACGCCACUGUUGUACGUCUAUGCACGGCUUGGUGAUGUUGCAACCACAGAGCGAGAGUUCCAGACCAUGAAACGUUAUGGGGUCAAACCAACAGGGUAUGCCUGGAACAUCCUCAUCUACGCCCACGCGAGGUCUUCCCAACCUGAGCACGCCUUAAGGGUCUUGAGUAGGAUGCAGGCCGAAGGAGUAACGCCGGAUGUGUACACCUUUACGACGUUGAUAGGCGUCUUCGCAAGAAAAGGCGAUACCAACGCUGUCCUCGAUAUCCUUGAGAAAGCCCAACAAAACCAAGUAAAGGGCUCAUAUGCUCUCAUCACUGGUUUGGUACAAUCAUAUUGUCUCAAUGAUCAAGCAGAAGCUGCAGAGAGGCUUGCAGCCGCAGCCACAACUGCUACUUUUCGAGGAAACCCUACCACAAUGUGGAACUAUCUACUGAGGCAUUAUGCUUUCCUUGCUGACUCCAAAAGUAUGCUCCGCGUCCAGCAACAGAUGACUGCACUCGGUGUGGAUGCUGACGCCAUGACCCAUGCUGCCUUCAUGACUGCUCUUGUGCUGCUCGGCAAGACCCGGGACGCUGUGCAAAUACUAAGGACCCUGAACAUGAGCCAAACUUUUGCUGCUACAUCGUUUCAUUAUGCCAUCAUCCUCCAUGGCUUUGCACAAGAAGGGGAUAGGGAUAUGGCCAAUGUCAUCUAUCAAGAACUGGUCGAGAGGUUUCCCCGUCUCGGGGCAAGUCCCCGUCUUGCCAUGCUCCAUCUACAAGCUGGCCGCAACCCCAUUGAGAACGAGCGACCAAAGUUUGCCGCUCAAUAUCUGGAAGAGAUUCUCUAUGGACUUUCGACGGAAGAGCGAGCGAGUCGUCAACCGCAGCCCGGGCUCCGCCGCCGGCGCAGCGUCGAGGCCGUACCAUCGCUCUAUGUAGAGUACUUUGUCGACCUUCUCAUGACGAAAGGCCAGGUUAAACGGGCGGAACAGCUUGUCCAGCGAUUUGAAGCCCUGCAUCAGUCAUCCUACUUGCAUUCAAGCAGCAGUACUUCCAUGUCAAUCCCGUUGCUGUGUGCGCGACUGUCAGUGCAGGCUGAAAAGCAAGCGUGGGAUGAUGUUGAGGCAAUCUGGAGAUCCAUACUUGAGCGAGCCAUUCAACUAGGACAACCCUCUCGGAUACGCGAACAGAAACCAUUACCUGAAAUCACGGAGAACGGCAAGGCGCACACGCAGGAAACCCCAGCAUCUCUGCCAUUGCAGCCCGUGGGACUGCCGGAAGUUGGACUGGUCCCCAGCAACCAAUUCACAUUCGGCUCCAUGAUCCCAGAAAACUCAUUGGAUGCUUUUCCGUUGGACGAACCUGGUCUUGCAAUUCUGUAUUCGCAAAGACACCUGCUCGAGGCCCCUUUCAAUCGCUACUUGAACACUUUGGCCGUGCGGCAGCUCCAAACUUCUGCUAUAGCUCUUGUAGCUAAGAUGGAAAAAGUAGGAUUCGCAUUGACCAGCAAGAACUGGAACAUGUAUAUUCAGAUCAUGACGAGAUCCGAAGACCCGGAACACUGGCUGCUGGCUUACAAACUUUUCGAGAGGAAGAUGAUCGCCCAUACUCCACCAUGGCCGGUCCUGCAGCGCGGCAAGUGGCUUCCGCCACAGGAAUCAGAGGGUACACCUUCAGUCCCCAUGCAUCGCAAGGUGAUAGAAAAGCGGGACCCUGGGCAGCUGAUGCCGACUUAUUACACUGCUGUCCAUCUUGCAAGUGCCUUGCUCAAAGCCAACAGACUUGCAGCGGAGGGUGACAAUACAAUAUACACGGCUAUCUGGAAGAGAGCACCACUCACGUGCCGUUACAUUCGUCGCAUGCCUUAUCUGAAGGACCGUAUUCAAGGGCUCCUGCUACGCAACAGGAAGAUGAGGAUUCUACCACCUAGACGUCCUCGCCUCCACACAACUCCCGACCGUUCUGGAGUGCUGGGAAGCAGAUCACCGGCAGACCAUGUGCCCGUCACGGAGCUAGUUGGUCUGAAUUCGGCACUCAAGAUGGAUGCCACUGACACCAAGUCAAAUGCCGCAAUUGCGAGAACCCGUGCCGUUCGCCGAGCCGAGCUUUACGAAGGACAGAUCCCCAGAACUCAGGUCGGGCGAGGUGAGAAGCUAGGCUCGAAGAAGGAGGAGCAGUUCGAGCGCCGAGUCAGACACAAGGAAGAAAAGCUGCUGCGGACAUUGCAGCGGAUGCGCAGAGAUGUCUUCCUCCCGCGGACUGUAAGCGACAUGUAUAUCGGUCAUCCAACAAUUCCGUCGAGUGUAAACUUGGUUCGCACUGGGAGUCCCCGUCAAGCAAGGCAGGCUCUGUACGGUACAGAGCAACAGCGCUUGAUCAAGGAAGCUCGGACAAGAAGGCUUCUCCGUGAGCAACGCAGAGCGGUAUUGAGAAGAAUCUUGCGCGGAAAUAUCCCGAAGGAAAGGACGGUCAGCAGGAUCCAGGAACGUACAGAUGCCUCGCCAGGACAGGCAACAGCCCGAAUUGAAUCAGACAGACCAGGGUAG